GGUUAAAGGGUUAAUACGAAACAUGUGGUGUUAGGUAUACGCGGUUGAUGGAAAUAAAUAUAUUUAUAUGAAGUUUAUGAAAUUUUGUACGAGAAAUAUAUUUUCUUGCGUAUUUAUUAAUGGUUAUAAUACAUCUUAAAGUGAAGUCUGCUUAUUGUUAUUAAUCAUAACUUGCAAUUUAAAGUAAAAUUAUGAUGAAUGUGGAAGAGGUUAUGAUAGAAAAAGUAAUAGAAGACAGAAAUUCAAAUAAUGGAUUUAUGGACCUUAUAUCAAAUGUUGAAGAAAGUAGUUGUGUUCCAAACAAAGUAAUUGUUGAAGACUGUUCAAUGUACAAAAAAGCUACACAAAUCAAUGUUAAUGAGACAAGUCAAUUUACAAAUGACUGCGAGGUAAUUAUAACUGAUAAUGCUGAAAUUAAACAAAAUUCUAAUAAGAAAGAUGACAUGAAUGAACAAAACAAAUCAGUCAUGCUGCCAAAUACUAAACAAAAUGAAAUACUUAUUAACGAUACUGACAAAAAUCAGAAUACAAAUGAAGAUGUAACAUUCGAAAACUUGGAACAAAAAUGUGAUGAUGAUAUUUGUGUCAUACGUGAAAUAAAUACAGUAUCUCUGGUACAAAAAAGUGAUAAAGUAUCUUCUCUUACUAGUAUUGCUAUAGAAUAUGGCAAUUCAGAUUCAGAAACAGAAUUUAAUAUUGAUGAAACAAAAAAUGAUAGCAAUCAAAGUCAAUUUUUAAAUGAAGUACAGAUGCAAACUUAUAGGCAAAAUAAAGAAGUAUCGUCAAGUGAAGAAAGUGAUAGCGAUGAUUCUACUAGUAGCAGUGACUCUUCAGUAAUAGUUGAAUCAGAUGAUUCAGAUAGUGAUGAUAGUUCAAGGAAAAAAGGCAAGGAAAAUAAUGUAAGAAGAAAAAAGAAUAAUGAAAUAAGAACUGAAUUAGAUGAUUUACCUCCUAUUGAAGACUUAAAAAUUAGUGUACCUGAAGUAUUAUGUGAUCCAUUAGGAGAGGUUGCAUGGAUGGUUGAACAACUAGUAGUUGUAAAACCAAAAUCUGGCAAACCGACAUUGAACUUAGAUACAGUUUUAUUUAUUGAGAAAGGGCAAAGGACAUUAGGAAAAAUAUUUGAUGUUUUUGGACAAGUGAAUGAACCUUAUUAUUGUGUGCGAUUCAAUAGUUCUGAGCACAUAAAAGAAUAUAACAUUACAGCAGGAAUGAUUGUUUAUUACUGUCCAAAUACGGAAUAUACUUCUUUAGUAUUUCUACAUGAAUUAUUAAAAAUCAGGGGUAUUGAUGCAAAUGCAGAUGAUCCUCCAGAGUUUUCAGAUGAUGAGGAAGAACGUGCUUAUUAUGAACAACUAAAAGCAAAACAAGUAAAUAACGUUAAUGAAGCUGAAAAUCCAUCUAAACGAAAGCGUAUUUCUAAACCUGCUACUGGUUGGCAAUCCAAUCAUCCGUGGAAUAGAAGUAUGCAGAAUCAAAGAAAAGGAUUUUAUGCACGAGGAGAUAGACGAUUUCCUUCUAUGCAAACUGAAAAUCAUUCUCAGAAUUUAUGGUCACAAUCCUAUCAAACUAAUAGUGAACCUUACGGAUAUGGAAUGUGUUCAUUGCAACCUGUGCAAUAUAUGAACCAUAAUGUUAGUGGUCUUAACCAAAACUUUUAUGGCUCACACAAUUAUUAUAGUGAAGAUAGUAGCUCAACAUAUCUAAAUCCUAGAAUUCCUUUCAAUACAUGUCCAAGAGUUCCUCCAGGAUACAUAACACCACAAUAUCAUCCAAAUUCAUCUACAAGUGUAAGAUUUCACGGUGCAAAUAUGCCUUGGCUACCACAAGCAUCACAAGUUCCUAUUCGAAUGAAAUUGCCAUGGGUACCUAUACCACCACCUCCACCUCCACCACCAACUUCAUCACCAUCAGAUACUACUUCAACAUAAUUAAUAUUAAUUACGUAUGAAUUAUAUUUUUAAUUUAGUUAUAUAUUAUAUAUAUAAUUGUAUGUAUAUUAAAAAUAAUAGAAAUUAUAUAAUGCAAGUUAUACAUAUAUAUACUAUGAAAUUAAUAAUUAAAGCUAUUUAUAUUAUAGACAUUAUCCCUAAUUAGAGUAAACUAUGAACUAU